AUGGCGAAAAGAAAGAGGCAAUCCGCUGCUGCCAGCGAGCCUGUUGCAGAGCCUGUAGCUACUAAGAAGUCAAAAACUGUCGACGAAAAGACAAAACCCACCAAGAACAGCACAAAGGCCGUUGAAGCAAAGACACAGACAAAGACGAAGCCGACGACAGCCAGCACAAAGUUUGUGGAGGAAACUAUUCAGAUCGUCGCCGGAUCCUACGACCGAGUUCUCCAUGGACUGACGGCCGCAAUUGGCGACAAGGGAGACGCCGAAUUCGCCGAUACGUUCCUCUUCAAUGCGCACGCAUCCGCCAUUCGAUGCGUCGCCGUCUCUCCUGUGUCUCCCCCGAUCCCAGGGCAAACUCAGAAGGUUCUGCUGGCUUCUGGCAGCACUGACGAGCGAGUUCACGUAUACAAUUUGUCGGCGCAUCCACCGAGCAAGAAGAAUCGCGAUGCAUUGGCUAGCGUGGCCCCGAGACCGAUCCUGGAGAACCCCAAGAACAGAGAGCUGGGAACCUUGCUACACCACGACUCAACGAUUACAGCGCUGAGAUUCCCUACGAGGUCAAAGCUACUCUCGGCGAGUGACGAUUCGACAAUUGCUGUGACACGUACACGAGACUGGGGCAUGCUGAGCAAUAUCAAGACGCCGAAGCCAAAGGCACAUGGCCGACCGACUGGAGAUACAGCGCCGUUCGGCGGCACACCGUCCGGAGUCAACGACUUUGCGAUCCAUCCCAGCAUGAAGCUGAUGAUUAGUGUCAGCAAGGGCGAGAGAUGCAUGCGACUGUGGAAUCUCGUCACCGGAAAGAAGGCGGGCGUGCUAAGCUUUAGCAAGGAGAUGCUGAGAGAGGUUGGAGAGAGCAAGCAUUCGAGCGGCGAGGCGCGGAGAGUGACCUGGGGAACUGCGGACGGGGCGGACGAGUUUGCAGUUGGGUUCGAUCGCGACGUGGUUGUCUUUGGCAUGGACAGUGUGCCAAAGUGCAGGGUCAUGCCGACGACUAGGGUCAAGAUACACCAGUUUAGCUAUGUUACGGUUGAUGAGGAGGCGGGCGAUGCGCUGUUGGCUGUGGCGACAGAGGAUGGUCGUGUUGCAUUUUUCUCAACAAAGGCAGACGACCUCUCAAAACCCGAACCAUCAGACAAGGACGACAAGAAGGCGCCGGAAGCAACUCUCCCCGUCGCCAAGUUCGUCGGCUACGUAGGAGGAGAAGGCGUCUCGGGCAGAAUCAAGGACUUUGUCGCUAUACCCAGCACCGGUAACCCCGGUACACUGUACGUGGUUGGGGCAAGCAGUGAUGGCAAGAUUAGGGUGUGGACGGUGCAGGCGAAGGAGCUGCUGGAGGCGGCGAGGGAGAAGGAGGCCAAGGUUGAGAAGCCGGCGGGAGUGUUGAGGGGGACAUAUGUGACGCAUAACAGAGUUACUUGCUUGGCGGCGUUUUUGAUGGUGGAGAGGCCGGAGGGAGCGGAGGAUAGUGAGGAGGAGGAGGUCGAAGAGGGCGAAGAGGAUGAUAGCGAGGAGGACGACGAUGAGUAA